AUGGCUGCCACAAACGAAAACAUCAUUACCACUGAUUCCUCAAACCUUCUCCAUGUCAAUAUGACAAAUGUUACAAAACUCACCUCUACCAACUUUCUCAUGUGGAGUCGUCAAGUUCAAGCCCUACUUGAUGGCUAUGUUCUUGGUGGAUACAUCGACGGAUUUCUCGUUGUUCCACCGGCUACGAUCACGACAGCAGAGGUUGUCACACCGAAUCCUGCUUACACUCUCUGGCAGAGGCAAGACAAACUCAUUUAUAGUGCUCUUCUCGGUGCUAUCAUUGUUAGUGUUCAACCGCUUCUCUCAACAACCACCACAUCUGCCCAGAUCUGGGACACACUAUCCUCGACCUAUGCAAAGCCAAGUCGGGGUCACCUCAAGCAGCUCAAACACCAAGUCAAACAAUGGACCAAGGGCGCUCGGUCUAUCAAUGACUACUUCCAAGGAUUCACUACUUGCUUUGAUCAAUUGGCUCUCCUCGGCAAACCAAUUGAUCUUGAAGAUCAGAUUGAAUUCAUCUUGGAAGGCUUUCCGGAAAACUAUAAGCAAGUCGUGGAUCAGAUUGAAGGAAGAGAUUCUUGUCCUUCUCUCACUAAGGUUCACGAAAAGCUCUUGAAUCAUGAAGCUAAACUCCAAACUGCUUCAAUCGUUCCCUCCUCCACUGCUGCUUCCGCCAAUGCUGCUCAGUACCGUGGUAACUCACACUCACACUCUGGUCAAAACCGCACUCCAACAACUAUCAAGGACAAUCUCGCAACAACAACCACAAUCAGACAUGGCAACAACAACAAUUCCAGCCACGAUCUGAUCAGUCAAACCCACAUGGAUACCAGGGACGAUGCCAAAUUUGUGGCAUCUGUAGGAACACAAAUUCUACAAUAG